AUGGAGUUACAUGUUUUUCAAUUAAUUUAUGUUAAUGUGAUGUUUUAUGGACAACAAGGUUUGCAAGAUCUUUUUGGAGGGGGAGAUUUGAGUCAAACUUUUGAUGAGGCUAAGAAGGCUCUUGGUGCUGCUACUGGUGGUGGUGGUGGUGGUGGCGCCUCUUUUAAUGAUUAUUUCGGUGGUAGUACUGAAGGUAGUGGUGAAGCCGAUACCGGAGGAGCAUCCUUAGCUGAUUGGAUAGAUAACCCUGAGGCAGGAAGUCCAGGCCCAGCAGCAACAGAUUCACCAAUUGGCGCUCCAGAAGAUUUGCCUGCAGACACACCAGAAACAGAUUAUGAUUCCUCUUCACCAGCAGGAUCACCACAAAGUUCACCCACACAAUCACCAACAAAUGCACCUUCAAACGCACCAUCAGAAUCACCAACAAAUGCACCUUCAAAAUCACCAUCCAAAGCACCAAGCCAAUCACCUCAAUUUGCACCAAAAAAUUCACCAUUUAGAGCACCAGCUAGUGCACCUAAAGCAUCAUCGCCCAAUCAAGCACCGAGAAACGCACCUGCACAGGCACCAAAAGACGACGACGAUGAUGUAGAUGACCGUCGAGCACCAGGAAGUGCUCCAACCGAUGCACCUGGUGGAGAACCACUAGAAGUCGACGAUGAUGAGGAGGAUAAUGCGAAUGCACCAUCAGAGGCACCUGGAGCCGCAUCUGACGCUGGAUCUGCGGAUGAUGAUCAGAUUGAUUCUUGA